AGGACCAAAUGCAUUCUACUGCUUUUCAUUUUCUCAAAGUGAGGUUUUUAGUUUUCUGAAUAACUUAUUAGAUGAUUCUCUGCACACAGAAGAGAGCAGCACUUUGUCCCCAGGGAAAGAAGCUAUUUCAGACUUCAUUAAGGAGCCCUCUAACAUGUUUCAACAAUCUCUACUGUUGCUCUCUUUGUUUUAAAGAUAUCAGUCUGAUUUUGUUUCAUUCGCAACUGAAGACUAAAUGACACCAAGCAGAAUCUACUGUUAGGUCAGAGUACCAGGACACAGCUUGUGAAAGGAAAAACAUGCAGAUUGCAUCUUUUCUUUAUUAUUUCCUGCUUGUCUGUUGGUGUAUUGAUUUUGCUCAAAAUCAAACAAAUGAAAUUCCUAGGAGGCAAAGAAGGAGAAUGCGCUAUAAAGGAUCAAGAAAGGGUUCCUCAGCAUACCACAGACCAAAGAGACAACCACAGAUCAAGACUUCAACUACUGUUGCUGUAGUACCAAGCAUUCCCCUUAUUAAUAUUGAUGAUGGCAUUACAGAAGUAUUUGAUUCUCUUAUAGGUUUGGGUGGACAUGAAUCCAGUUACAGUGUCUUACCAGGAAAGAAAGGGCACUGUACAGCUAAUGGGAUGAUUAUGUACGAUAAAGCUGUGUGGGCCCCCAAACCUUGCAUUACUUGUCUUUGUUCAAAAGGAAAAGUGAUUUGUGAUGAAACUACGUGCCUUUCUCUGACAUGUCACAAAACCAUGAUACCCGAAGGAGAGUGCUGCCCAGUUUGCUCUGAUAUUGUACAAAAUAUUUCACUGGAUGACACACCUGAAAUUUCUGGUGCUUCUCCAGAGCCCAAUGACCCUAGUGACCCAAUGCUAUUGCAACCACUGCAUACCCAGGCUGAAAUGGAUGAGUUACUCAGACGAGAGAAGGAAGAACUUGAAGGGAGAGAAAAGGAAAUUCACAAAAAGGAUGAAGAGAACAGGAAGAGAAAAGAAAAGAAAAGUCAGGAGGAGAAAAAAAUACAUGACUAUGAAGCCCAUCAGAAAGUAGACGAGGAAAUAAGGAGGAGAGAGGAAGAAAAAAGAAGAGCAUAUGAAGAGGAGGAGCUACAAAUUGAAAAGGAAGAAGAAGAAAAAAGAAAGGAAAACAAACAUUUAGAGCAAGAAAGAAAACAACAACAAAGUGAAAUGGAAGAACAGGAAGAGGAUGAACAUAUUUUACGAGGUGAUGUUUUCGGAAUGCCCUCUCGAUUCCCAAUUCCUGUUCCUCCUGCAGAAAUUCCUCCUUUGCCAACGGGAUGUUCGAUUUCUGACACCACAGUAAGCUGCAUUAAUGCCAAACUUACACAAAUACCACCAAUUACUGAUCCAGAGCUAACAAGCUUAGAGCUUGAAGGGAAUACCAUCACUUCCAUUCCAGAUGAAGCAUUCAAUGGGAUCCCUAAUUUGGAAAGGCUUGAUCUAAGUAAAAAUAAUAUCACUUCUCCAGGCAUAGGUCCACAAGCGUUCAAAAUCCUGAAAAAGUUAAAACGUUUGUAUAUGGAUGGAAACGCACUAGUACAUAUUCCUCCUGAAUUACCAUCAGCUUUAGAAGAACUUAAAAUAAAUGAAAACCAUCUCCAUGCUAUUGAUGAAGACAGUUUACAAGAAUUAAAGAACUUGGUGACCCUAGAAUUAGAAGGCAAUAAACUUAGUGAAGCAAAUGUCAGUCCUUUAGCUUUCCGUCCUUUGAAAAGCCUGUCUUAUUUGCGCCUUGGAAGAAAUAAAUUUAGAACUGUCCCACAAGGUCUUCCCACAUCUAUUGAGGAACUAUAUCUGGAAAACAACCAAAUAGAAGAAAUUUCAGAAAUUUGCUUUAACCAUACCAGCAAUAUUAACAUCAUUGUGCUGAAACACAACAAAUUAGAAGAAAACAGGAUAGCACCUUUGGCUUGGAUUAAUCAAGAGAAUUUGGAAUCUAUUGAUCUUUCUUACAAUAAGUUAUAUCACGUUCCCUCCUAUCUGCCAAAAUCCUUAUUGCACCUCGUACUUAUAGGAAACCAGAUUGAGAGAAUACCAGGAUAUGUGUUUGGUCACAUGAAGCCAGGGCUGGAAUAUCUCUAUCUUUCUUUUAACAAACUUAACAAUGAAGGAAUAGAUCCAGUGUCAUUCUAUGGAGCUUAUCGGUCUUUGAGAGAGUUAUUUUUGGAUCACAAUGAAUUAAAGUUUGUACCAUUUGGAAUCACAGAAAUGAAGGCAUUAACCUUUCUGAGGCUGAACAACAACAAAAUACGGACAGUCCCUCCAGAACGCAUCUGCAGAGCUAUUGUCAGUGAUGACAAUGUUGAUGAUGACAGUAAUGAUGAUGAAGAGGAGGUUGAAGAUUCACGUUUGGAACAUCUUCAUCUUGAAAACAAUUUUAUCAAUACAAGAGAGCUGUCACCAUAUGCAUUUUCAUGCAUAAGAUCCUAUUCCAGUGUUGUUCUGAAACCACAGAAGAUCAAAUAACAAGCAUCAUAUAUUUUCAUUGCAAAACCCUUUUUUUUUUUUUUUUACCUGAAGUGACAUUAUUUAUUCUCCAUCGGAUAUACAGAUCAGCUGAUCUCCUAGUUAAAAGAUGUCUCAGCACUGUCCAUAUACCAUUAUUUUCCUAACGGUUUCAAUUGAUAUAUUAGUGUAUCAUCUAAAGACUGCUUGAUUUGUUUAGUUUAUACUGUUAAAUAUACAUACACACACACACAAUUUAAUAAGGGACUUUUUCAAGUUCUAUUAAUAGCAUGUCAACUUGAAAAAGAGACUAAGGCUAGGUCUACAGUGGGCGGGGUUCGACCUAAGAUACACAACUUCAGCUACGUGCAUAGUGUAGCUGAAGUCAGAGUAUCUUAGGUCGAUUUAAUUGGCCAUGAGGAUGGCGGUGAGUCGACCACUGCCGCUCCGCCGUCGACUCUGCUUCCCCCUCUCACCGCGGUGGAGUUCCGGAGUCAAUGGCAGAGUGAUCAGGGAUUGAUUU